AUGGUGUUGAUGACAGCAGCCCCCGAGGGCGUGGGGACCGGGGCCCUGCUCACUCACUUCCCCCAGCAGGUCCCGGAGCGCGUUAGGGCGGGGGUUGCAGGCCCCACGCCAGGGAUCCGCCUCUGGCCGCUGCUUUGGCAGCUGCAGGGCUCAUGGCUGAGGGAGGUGCUCCUGCUGCGUUUGUGGAAGCCGUGGAGACGGAGGCCUGCCAACAGGGCCGGUGACGCGCCCACAGGGGCGCUGGGCGGAGGGAGGCCCCGGGUCUCCCCCUUGGCGUUGCAGCUGGGCCAGAGAGGGCUGGGCCCCAGAGGUUCCGAACUGGACCGUAGCUGCGCCGAGCCCCACCGCCCCACGUCUCAGAGGCUGCUGAGGUUGCCUGAACAGAAGAGUGUACUUCCAGGGGGGCUGGAGUUGAGGGGUGUGGUGUGCGGCAUUGUGCUCUGUGUGACCUGGAAGUGCUGCAGAGAUCUGAGCACCUCUGAAGAGCCCCAGGAGCAGGGAGCCCUGACCGGUCUGGCCCAGCCCUUCGACACAGAGGUCACCUUGGGGGCCAGGGUGAAUCAGUGGCCUGCUGAGGGUCUCCUGGCUGGUGAGUGCCUCCGGGCCUGA